AGUGUGUCCACGGUGAGAGGUGAAGAUUUGAUCACAGCGCAAUACGCACGCUCAUACUAACGAUCCGAGGUGGCUACAAUAACUUAUCACAGAGUUUCUUUAUUCGAAAUUAUAGUGAAUGUUCGUGUUCAAAAGCAUGUACAGUUUUAUUAUCUUUCUUGGAUAUUAAAAAAGAAGACAAAUCGUUUCUUUAUCGACCGGCGUUAUGGAUGUUUCCAAAGGUGUCUUGGUUUUAACUCUAGUCUGCACGUUGCGACCUAUGCUGUUCCUUCAGAUAUGUGACAUCAUGCUGGAGGUGGAGAAGGAGAAAGAGACGUGCAUGGCCCAGUUAGAAAACAUGACAACUGGUUGCAGUGGGACGUGGGACAAGGGGGCCUGCUGGCCCAGUGCCAAUACAGGACAGGUGGUCACCAUCCCCUGCCCUGUCUACUUCUUAUACUUGACCAACGACUUCAUCAUGGGUAACCUGUCGAAGACCUGCACCAGUGAUGGCUGGUCUGAGGUUAGCCCUGCUUCCUAUGCACUGAAUUGUGGGUACAACGCUAACGUCACCAAAGUUGAUGAUGAUGACACGGAGGAGUUCUACUGGGCAGUGAAAGUAGGCUACACUAUCGGACACAGUCUCUCUCUCAUCUCCCUCACUAUCGCUAUCGUCCUACUCUGCACUUUUAGGAAGUUGCACUGCACCAGAAACUACAUCCACAUGAACCUGUUUGUGGCGUUCAUACUGAAAGCCAUUGCCGUCUUCAUCAAAGAUGUGGUUUUAUACGAGGUCGGGGAGUCCGACUGUCAACCUGAAACUGUGGGAUGUAAGGCAGGGGUUGUCUUCUUCCAGUAUGGCAUCAUGACCAGCUACUUCUGGCUAUUGGUCGAAGGCCUCUACAUCCACACCCUAUUGGCUGUCUCCUUCUUCUCCGAGAGGAAGUACUUCUGGUGGUACAUUCUGAUUGGCUGGGGGGCCCCAACUGUUUUUAUCACAGCUUGGGUUAUUACAAAGGCUUAUUUAAAACACUCUGGGUGUUGGGACAUUAUUAACGACCAUCCCUGGUGGAUCAUCAAAAUGCCAAUAUUACUGACCAUACUGGUCAACUUCAUCCUGUUCAUCUGUAUAAUCCGGAUCCUGCGUCAGAAAAUGAAUUGCAGAGACAUAGGAAGGAAAGAAUCUCAUCAAUACUCGAGGUUGGCUAAAUCCACGCUACUGUUGAUACCUCUGUUCGGAAUCAACUACAUCGUCUUUGCCUUCAUCCCUGAAGACAUCAACACUCGAAUCAGGAUGGUCAUUGACCUGAUUCUAGGAUCCUUCCAGGGAUUUGGGGUUGCAGUCCUGUAUUGUUUCCUAAAUGGAGAGGUGCAGGGGGAGGUGAAGCGUAAGUGGCGGCGGUGGCACAUGCAAAGGUUUCUGGGUAAAGGAGACACCAAAUACCAGCAGCCCCAGGAUCUGGGUAGCAACGGUAACAACUUCAGCACCCAGAUCACCAUGCUGACCAGGUGUAGCCCAAUCACACGUCGAGCUUCCGACUGCCAGGAACACUUCUCUGCUAUCUGAGCCCAGCUCUGGGUGCUAACAGAGGGCAGAGAAGAGGAGGCAACAGAGACGAGCUGCACUGAAGCACUGUUUAGUAUUCAGUCAGCACAGCAGAGACCACCAGCCAACCACACACAAUAACAGCAAUGAUAGGCUUAGAUCAGGAAUGCCCUCGGUCCCCUUUUGUAAGCCGCGGACCAAUUUAACACAAUUUAUUUUGCUUGUUUUUUUGUUUAAUUUAGGAAAUCAGUUCCCAAGUAUUCCUACAAAAAAAAAUAUUUAAAAAAUUGACAUCAUUGUGUCUCAAUAUAAUCAAGGUAUGAAAUGAUUGUUAUUUUCAAAAUCUCUUUUUUGGGCUUAGUUGUGGUUGCAGUGUACACAUUUUUAUAUGGGGCAGCAGGUAGCCUAGCGGUUAGAGAGAAGCGAGCCAGCAUCCGGACGUUUGCCAGUUCGAAUCCCGGGUCAGACGGGAAAAAUCUGGCAAGAAGUGAGCUGGCAACCGGAGGGUUGCUGGUAUCAAGACACUUAAACCUCCACGACAACAGCUCCCCGGGCACUCAGUGUGGCAGCCCCGACACCUCCAACACCUGUAUACUGUAUACAUGUAUGUGUGUCUUUCGGAGGGGUUGGGUUAAAAGCGGAAGUUACAUUUCGGUUAGACGUUGUCUGACCAAUUGAUCAAUAACGUGAUCUUAAGCUUCAUAACUAUGUUCCGGUCCUCCAAUCAGCCGCAAUGACAAAAAUCAGCCCGCGGCUAAAUCUAGUCGCCUACUCCCUGGUCUACGCUAUCUGUGUUAAGUCCAUAAACACAUUACAGUUCAAAUCACCAUUUGAUAUAUCUGUGUGUGUAAUGAGUGUUGUGUUAGUCUGUGUGGCAGGGUUGAAGUCAAUUCCAUUUCAAUUCUAGUCAAUUCAGAAAGUAAAACCAAAUUCCAACGUUUUAUCAUGGGAAACCAUUCAAGAGAAUUUGAAUUUCAGUGUACUUCCUGAAUUAGAAAUGUAAUUGACCCCAACUCUAGGUAACAGGCUAGGAGCUAGGUAACAGGCUAGGAGCUAGGACUAGGACUAGGUAACUGGCUAGGAGCUAGGCUUAGGUAACAGGCUAGGAGCUAGGACUAGGUAACAGGCUAGGAGUUAGGACUAGGUAACAGGCUACGACAAGGUUGCAGACUAUGAGCUAGGUAACAGGCUAGGAACUUUGGCUAGGUAACAGGCUCGGAGCUAGGUAAAAGCCUAGGAGCUAGAUAACAAUCUAGGAGCUUGGACAAGGUAACAGGCUGGGAGUUAGGACGAGGUAACAGGCUAGGAGUUAGGACGAGGUAACAGGCUAGGAGUUAGGACGAGGUAACAGGCUAGGUUAGAGGAGAAGAUGUGUGAGAAAGGCCAAAGCCCAUUAAACUGGAAAUGUUCCUGUUAGGUGAAAACGUAUUGAAACUCAACCCACAGAAGUUCACAUCCAGAUACAACAUAUUAAUAGUUUAACCAACCAGAGAGCAACACUGGUUUCAGAGGUCAAUAUUUAGUGGUCAACAUUCCAGUCAAGGGGUUUAAGUGACGCACAACAGGGAGUUAAAACGUAAUAUUCUUCUAGUUUUUUCCAUCGUUUUCUAGUUGAUGGAUGCAUAGGAGAGCUUUGGGAGCCAUACCACCUGUAGGAAUGAGUGUCGAGAGAAACAGAGCAUUAAAUUAAAGGACUCGGUACACACAGUGCUACUUAAAACCUUAUGCUGGUAGCUAGGGGACCAGUCUUAAAGAUGCACUCCAGUCUCCUUUUCUCCUCAUUUAUCACCUGAUUUACUUAAAAGGCGAUCAAUGGGUUGUCUAGGUAUGCCAUGACAUCACACACGUGGGGGUGUGUGUGGGGGGGUGGGUGGUCCU